AUGGCCAACAAUGUGGAGGACGUCGAGAACAAUAUGGUGAGUUAUUGCUGUGAUUUUUGAAUUAUGAGAAAUAAUGCUUGUCCAUGAUGUAUUCUCACUUGUAGAUUGUGGCCAACUCGGCGGCCUUGUAAUUUCGGUUAACCCAGAACUAAAGUCUCACGUAAUUGGUCAGCUGCUCGAUUAAGUUCUGGGUCCAUACAUGUUAGGAGAAGAGGUCGUCCCCGCAGUGACCAUACGUACAGUGAGGGAAAAAAGUAUUUGAUCCCCUGCUGAUUUUGUACAUUUGCCCACUGACAAAGACAUGAUCAGUCUAUAAUUUUAAUGGUAGGUUUAUUUGAACAGUGAGAGACAGAAUAACGGUAGGCAGGUAGCUUAGUGGGUAAGAGCGAUGUGCCAGUAACCGAAAGGUCGCUGGUUCUAAUCCCCGAGCCGAUGUGCCCUUGAGCAAGGCACUUAACCCUAAUUGCUCCUGUAAGUCGCUCUGGAUAAGAGCGUCUGCUAAAUGACAAAAUAAAAUAAAAAAUAAAAUAACAACAAAAAAAUCCAGAAAAACGCAUGUCAAAAAUGUUAUAAAUUGAUUAGCAUUUUAAUGAGGGAAAUAAGUAUUUGACCCCUCUGCAAAACAUGACUUAGUACUUGGUGGCAAAACCCUUGUUGGCAAUCAGAGGUCAGACGUUUCUUGUAGUUGGCCACCAGGUUUACACACAUCUCAGGAGGGAUUUUGUCCCACUCCUCUUUGCAGAUCUUCUCCAAGUCAUUAAGGUUUCGAGGCUGACGUUUGGCAACUCAAACCUUCAGCUCCCUCCACAGACUUUCUAUGGGAUUAAGGUCUGGAGACUGGCUAGGCCACUCCAGUACCUUAAUGGGCUUCUUCUUGAGCCACUCCUUUGUUGCCUUGGCCGUGUGUUUUGGGUCAUUGUCAUGCUGGAAUACCCAUCCACGACCCAUUUUCAAUACCCUGGCUGAGGGAAGGAGGUUCUCACCCAAGAUUUGACGGUACAUGGCCCCGUCCAUCGUCCCUUUGAUGCGGUGAAGUUGUCCUGUCCCCUUAGCAGAAAAACACCCCCAAAGCAUAAUGUAUCCACCUCCAUGUUUGACGGUGGGGAUGGUGUUCUUGGGGUCAUAGGCAGCAUUCCUCCUCCUCCAAACACUGCGAGUUGUGUGUCUAAGGCACUGCAUCGCAGUGCUAGCUGUGCCACUAGAGAUCCUGGUUCGAAUCCAGGCUCUGUCGCAGCCGGCCGCGACCGGGAGACUCAUGGGCAGCGCACAAUUGGCCUAGCGUUGUCCAGGGUAGGGGAGGGAAUGGCCGGCAGGGAUGUAGUUCAGUUGAUAGAGCAUGGCGCCAGGGUUGUGGGUUCGAUUCCCACGGGGGACCAGUAUGAAAAAAAUUAAAUAAAAAAUAAUGUAUUCACUAACUGUAAGUCGCUCUGGAUAAGAGCGUCUGCUAAAUGACUAAAAUGUAAAUGUAAAAUGUGAGUUGAUGCCAAAGAGCUCGAUUUUGGUCUCAUCUGACCAAAACACUUUCACCCAGUUCUCCUCUGAAUCAUUCAGAUGUUCAUUGGCAAACUUCAGACGGGCCUGUAUAUGUGCUUUCUUGAGCAGGGGGACCUUGCGGGCGCUGCAGGAUUUCAGUCCUUCACGGCAUAGUGUGUUACCAAUUGUUUUCUUGGUGACUAUGGUCCCAGCUGCCUUGAGAUCAUUGACAAGAUCCUCCCGUGUAGUUCUGGGCUGAUUCCUCACCGUUCUCAUGAUCAUUGCAACUCCACAAGGUGAGAACUUGCAUGGAGCCCCAGGCCGAGGGAGAUUGACAGUUAUUUUGUGUUUCUUCCAUUUGGGAAUAAUCACACCAACUGUUGUCACCUUCUCACCAAGCUGCUUGGCGAUGGUCUUGUAGCCCAUUCCAGCCUUGUGUAGGUCUACAAUCUUGUCCCUGACAUCCUUGGAGAGCUCUUUGGUCUUGGCCAUGGUGGAGAGUUUGGAAUCUGAUUGAUUGCUUCUGUGGACAGGUGUCUUUUAUACAGGUAACAAGCUGAGAUUAGGAGCCCUCCCUUUAAGAGUGUGCCCCUAAUCUCAGCUCGUUACCUGUAUAAAAGACACCUGGGAGCCAGAAAUCUUGCUAGAACAAGGGAAUCGUAAUUUGACAUUCUUACCCGCCAAUGACAAAAUCUACCUGCAUGUGGUUGGUGUUAAUUUUAGGCCCUGCUCCCUUCCAGCUCACACAAGCCAAGGUUCGUGCAAGGCUACUUACUUACUUGUAGAUCAUAACCAACGGUAUAGUGGCUUUGUCAUUUAUGCGAACUCAAAUAAAUGAAUUGAGAAUGUUAUUAGUCCAAGGGCCACCCAUCAAAAAUGUGUUGUUCUGUGAUGCAGGAAAUGGAACUGCAAAAUUUCAAGAUUUUGUAGAUAAUGUUAUGAACAUCAACACUGUCUUAUUCAAAACUUCUGAAAGUUGCACAUUAAUCUUUAAUCAAAGUUACGAUAUUUAGCAUCAAUCACAGCGCAUCUUGGGUAAUUUCCAUAGCGAUGUUGCGAUGUUGCUGUGUUUCACCUUGGUUACUUUUGUUGCACGCUGGCACACAGAACUAUUUGUGCGUUCGGUGUUCGUCCUUGCAUAAAGCUCAAGCAUCACAUGUUACCGGUCCUACACUGAUCCAGAUGGACCCCGAAACGAGGAAAUGUGUUUUAACUAUGUGCAGUGGUUUUCUUAGUUAAUAGAAGACAUCGUUCUGUAUUUAGUGUACAAGGGCCUCAUUGCUUUUGCCUGCUAGCCAAACUAAAGACAGCACAGCUCUCGAAACAUUCAAGGUCUCGACAGAAACAUAAAGCGCUGUUCUGGCAUCUGAGAAAAAUAAAUGUUGCACUUUUUAACAGCUUCUUAUCUCGUAUUAUUUCGGGAUUCGCCUGGUACAUGCAUUGCUUUCUGCAAACGUGGACAACGGAACAUGUGUAACAAGGUGUAAGAUGGCAACCUCAUGUUGCUAGGGGAAAUUACCCAAAAUGCGCUAUGAUUUUGAAAUUGUACCUUUUUUUAAUUUAGAAUAUUUAUUUAAUGUGCAAAUUUUACACGUUUUGGACCUCACACUGUUCAUAUUCAUAAAAGUAUGUUAUGUUGAAACUUGUCAGUUUUGUUUCCUGGGUCAUGGAAUGCCUUUUCUGAAGCCUUUUUUGGUGGGUGGCCCUUGGACUAUAUUCAUUGAGCGUGUUAAACCUUUCAUUAGUUUUGCCCGUGGAGACUCUGAGGGCGUGGCCUCUCAGUCUCUGGUACAGGAAGUCCUUUGUUGCUUUUUCCUUCCAAUACCUUCCCACACGUGAAGCAGCUCACGCCAACAUGUUAUCACAACACACACGUGAAGCGGCUCACGCCAACAUGUUAUCACAACACACACGUGAAGCGGCUCACGCCAACAUGUUAUCACAACACACACGUGAUGCGGCUCACGCCAACAUGUUAUCACAACACACACGUGAAGCGGCUCACGCCAACAUGUUAUCACAACACACAAGUGAAGCAGCUCACGCCAACAUGUUAUCACAACACACACGUGAAGCGGCUCACGCCAACAUGUUAUCACAACACACACGUGAAGCGGCUCACGCCAACAUGUUAUCACAACACACACGUGAAGCGGCUCACGCCAACAUGUUAUCACAACACACACGUGAAGCGGCUCACGCCAACAUGUUAUCACAACACACACGUGAAGCGGCUCACGCCAACAUGUUAUCACAACACACACGUGAAGCGGCUCACGCCAACAUGUUAUCACAACACACACGUGAAGCGGCUCACGCCAACAUGUUAUCACAACACACAUGUGAAACGGCUCACGCCAACAUGUUAUCACAACACACACGUGAAGCGGCUCACGCCAACAUGUUAUCACAACACACACGUGAAGCGGCUCACGCCAACAUGUUAUCACAACACACACGUGAAGCGGCCCACGCCAACAUGUUAUCACAACACACACGUGAAGCGGCUCACGCCAACAUGUUAUCACAACACACACGUGAAGCGGCUCACGCCAACAUGUUAUCACAACACACACGUGAAGCGGCUCACGCCAACAUGUUAUCACAACACACACGUGAAGCGGCUCACGCCAACAUGUUAUCACAACACACACGUGAAGCGGCUCACGCCAACAUGUUACCACAACACACACGUGAAGCGGCUCACGCCAACAUGUUAUCACAACACACACGUGAAGCGGCUCACGCCAACAUGUUAUCACAACACACACGUGAAGCGGCUCACGCCAACAUGUUACCACAACACACACGUGAAGCGGCUCAUGCCAACAUGUUAUCACAACACACACGUGAAGCGGCUCACGCCAACAUGUUAUCACAACACACACGUGAAGCGGCUCACGCCAACAUGUUAUCACAACACACACGUGAAGCGGCUCACGCCAACAUGUUAUCACAACACACACGUGAAGCGGCCCACGCCAACAUGUUAUCACAACACACAUGUGAAACGGCUCACGCCAACAUGUUAUCACAACACACACGUGAAGCGGCCCACGCCAACAUGUUAUCACAACACACACGUGAAGCGGCUCACGCCAACAUGUUACCACAACACACACGUGAAGCGGCUCACGCCAACAUGUUACCACAGUAGUCCAGUUGCUUUUAUUGCAUUGUUGUCCUCAAAUUGCAUGGAAAGGCAGUACAUGCAUACCUUCUCAGCUGACGGAAAGAGUCUCUCUCCGUCUCAACCUCCGUUCAUAAACAACCCUUUCAGGUGAAGGACAGCGGCUGUGACCGGGUUCGGUGGAGCAAAUUCUUAUUACGUGAUAUUGAGAAGUUAAUUAACCAGGAAACCUCUUCGGAAAUCUCUGAACCGUUUUUUUAUUCAGAAGAUAAGCAGAAGGAAGGAUAAAGCAUUAGACCUACAUGCUGUAGCUUGGGGUGCAAAGCUACCGGUGAUUUACCAAAGUUACCGGAAUCUUCAGUAAUUUUGGUAGUUAAGAUAUAUCCAUGAGUGUCUAGUAGAUGGACCAUGUGGUUCUGGAGAAAGUAGCCUAAUUAAAGGAAAAAUCAUCUAAUCAACAAUGGCAUUAUUUUCAAUUAGCUCUGCAACUCUUCCAACUAUUGACUUUUUUCACAACUGCCACCAUUUUGACGCUGAAAAAAACAUUGACAACAAACGCAUAUUGACACGGCUCUGGAUACACAAACGUGGUUAGCCUGAUAAGUGUGACACAGUAAUGCUGUUGUUAUUACUGGAGCUACUGUCACCGCUGGUGACUUCCUACCUCCAUAAAUGGGAGGGUUUUGGUUCACUCAGUGAAUGAUAUGUAGCCUGGUCCCAUGUGGUUGUCAUUUUUAGAUGGCAAGACGGUACAAACAGACCUGGGACCCAGGCUACAUGAUAUCAGCCUUGUUCUUCUGUAAUGCUGGAUGCUGACUGUCCCCACAGUUGUGAACGGAAACAUUUACAGAAGUAUUUGAUCAACGUCCGUUUCCCCUGUCCCUGUCAAAUAUGUCACCCUCUGUUCCUUCUCCAGGCGACUGAGGCGUCAACCCAGAACCAGCACACGGAGCUGAGGGUACGGUCCAGAGGUGGUGGGGGCGGGGCGGAGCAGAAUGGACUGCCCCCCUCCACAGCCCCCCGACAACGCCCCUCCCAGGUGGUAGAGAGCGAGGAGGAUGAGGAGUUGCCGUUGAAGUACGGGGCCAAACACGUCAUCAUGCUGUUCGUCCCCGUCACGCUCUGCAUGGUGGUCGUUGUUGCAACCAUCAAGUCCGUCAGCUUCUACACCCAGAACGACGGACAGAGGCUGUGAGUACCGGCGACGUUAUGGCAACGUACUGACAACAUACUGGUGAUGUUCUGGGUUAAGGAGACGGAGGAAAUAGAACGUUGUUGUAACCACGGCUACAGAUUUAAGGGGGAGAGAGAGGGUUGUUGUAACCACGGCUACAGAUUUAAGGGGGAGAGAGAGGGUUGUUGUAACCACGGCUACAGAUUUAAGGGGGGGAGAAAGGGAUGUUGUAACCACGGCUACACAUGGUCUCAGGAUUCGUCAGGAUUGCAGAAAAUAAAACCAGGAGUGACUUCGUGUUUCACUUUGGGUGCAGUUGACCAGCAGAGCCACCAGAUGGCGGUAAUACAACACAUAUGUUGCUGGACCAUCAUUACAGAUCGAACUGGGCUACUGGCAGAACUAUUUGGUUGGUCUAGGAACACAAGACCCAUUGUGCAGUCUGGUUCCCUAUAGGCUGUAGGUCAAACACCACGAACACAGACAUGAUAAUGAUACAAAGUAAAGUGAGGGUGUGUAUGGGUUCACGAUAGGAUGCUCUUUGAGUAUUUCUGAUUAGUUUUCUGAUGCUGUAAUAAUAAUAAUAAUAAUAAUAAUAAUAAUAAUAUGCCAUUUAGCAGACGCUUUUAUCCAAAGCGACUUACAGUCAUGCGUAAUAUGAUCUAAUGUGUUGUCCAGGAUCUUGAUAGUUGUCUGACAUGUUAUGUGUUGUCCAGGAUCUCGAUACAGUGCCUUCAGAAACUAUUUAUUUCACAUUUUAUUUUUACAAAAUACUAAAAUAAAAUAAAUACUAAAAUAAAUCUCACCCAACUACACACAGUACCCCAUAAUGACAAAGUGAAAACAUGUAUUUAUCAUUUUUUUGCACAUUUAUUGAAAAUUAAAUACAGAAAUAUAUUGCCUUUGCUUGUGCUUAGCUCCAUUCUGUUUGUUUUAAAGGAUUCACACCCCUGAGUCAAUACAUGUUAGAAUCACCUUUGGCAGCGAUUACAGUUGAGUCUUUCUGGGUAAGUCUCUAAGUGCUUUCCACACCUGGAUUGUACAAUAUCAGACCAUUAUUAUUAUUUUUUUAAAAAAUUUCAAGCUCUGUCAAAUUGGUUGUUGAUCAUUGCUAGACAACCGUUUUCAAGUCUUGCCAUAGAUUCUCAAGUAGAUUUAAGUCAAAACUGUAACUAGGCCACUCAGGAACAUUCACUGUCUUCUUGGUAAGCAACUCCAGUGUAUAUUUGGCCUUGAGUUUUAGGUUAUUUUCCUACUGAAAGGUAAAUUCAUCUCCCAGUGUCUGGUGGAAACCAGACUGAACCAGGUUUUCCUCUAGGAUUUUGCCUGCUUAGUUCCAUUCCGUUUCUCUUUUAUCGUGAAAAACUCCACAGUCCUUAACGAUUACAAGCAUGCCCAUAACAUGAUGCAGCCACCACUAUGCUUGAAAAUAUGGAGAGUGGUACUCAGUAAUGUGUUGGAUUGGAUUUGCCCCAAACAUAACACUUUGUAUUCUGGACAUAAAGUGAAUUGCUUUGCCACAUCUUUUGCAGUAUUACUUUAGUGCCUUGUUGCAAACAGGAUGCAUGUUUUGGAAUAUUUUUUAUUCUGUACAGGCUUCCUUUUUUUCACUCUGUCAAUUAGGUUAGUAUUGUAGAGUAACUACAAUGUUGUUGAUCCAUCCUCAGUUUUUCUCUUAUCACAGCCAUUCAACUCUGUAACUGUUUUAAAGUCACCAUUGGCCUCAUGGUGAAAUCCCUGAGUGGUUUCCUUCCUCUCCGGCAACUGAGUUAGGAAGGACGCCUGUAUCUUUAUAGUCACUGGGUGUAUUGAUACAUCAUCCAAAGUGUAAUUAAUAACUUCACCAUGCUCAAAGGGAUAUUCAAUAUCUGCUUUUAUUUUUUACCCAUCUACCAAUAGGUGCCCUUCUUUGCGAGGCAUUGGAAAACCUCCCUGGUCUCUGUGGUUGAAUCUGUGUUUGAAAUUCACUGCUCGACUGAGGGACCUUGCAGAUAAUUGUAUGUGUGAGGUACAGAGAUGAGGUUAGUCAUUUAAAAAUAAUGAUAAACACUAUUAUUGCACACAAAGUGAGUCCAUGUAACUUAUGUGACUUGUUAAGCGCAUUUUUACUCCUGAACUUAUUUAGGAUUGCCAUAGCAAAGGGGUUGAAUAUUGAUUGGCUCAAGACAUUUCAGCUUUUCAUUUUUAAUUAAUUUGUAAAAAUGUCUAAAAACGUAAUUCUACUUUGACAUUAUGGAGGAUUGUGUGUGUAGGCCAGUGACCAAAAAUCUCAAUGUGAUCAAUUUUAAAUUCAGGCUGUAACACAACAACAUUUGGAAAAAGUAGAGGUGUGGGUGUGAACUUUCUGAAGGCACUGUAGUUGUCUAAUGUCUUGUCCAGGAUCUUGAUAGUUACCUGUACUGUCUAAUGUCUUGUCCAGGAUCUUGAUAGUUACCUGUACUGUCUAAUGUCUUGUCCAGGAUCUUGAUAGUUACCUGUACUGUCUAAUGUCUUGUCCAGGAUCUUGAUAGUUACCUGUACUGGCUGAUGUCUUGUCCAGGAUCUUGAUAGUUACCUGUACUGUCUAAUGUCUUGUCCAGGAUCUUGAUAGUUACCUGUACUGUCUAAUGUCUUGUCCAGGAUCUUGAUAGUUACCUGUACUGGCUGAUGUCUUGUCCAGGAUCUUGAUAGUUACCUGUACUGUCUAAUGUCUUGUCCAGGAUCUUGAUAGUUACCUGUACUGUCUAAUGUCUUGUCCAGGAUCUACACCCCGUUCCCUGAGGACACAGACACAAUAGGACAGCGAGCCCUGAACUCAGUCCUCAACGCCACCAUCAUGAUCAGCGUCAUCAUAGUGAUGACCAUGGUUCUGGUGCUGCUAUAUAAGUACCGCUGCUACAAGGUAAGAUAUAUACUGCUAUACAAGUACCGCUGCUACAAGGUAAGAUAUAUACUGCUAUACAAGGACCGCUGCUACAGUACAGGGUAAGAUACAGUGCAUUCGGAAAGUAUUCAGACCCCUUGACUUUUUCCACAUUUUGUUACGUUACAGCCUUAUUCUAAAAUGGAUUAAAUUGUUUUUUUCCCCCCUCAUCACUCUACACACAAUAACCUGUUUUUGCUUUGUCAUUAUGGGGUAUUUGAAUUGUUUGCAAUUUUAUAAAAAAAUAAAAUAUCAUUUACAUAAGUAUUCAGACCCUUUACUCAGUACUUUGUUGAAGCACCUUUGGCAGCGAUUACAGCCUCGAGUCUUCUUGGGUAUGACGCUACAAGCUUGGCACAUCUGUAUUUGGGGAGUUUCUCCCAUUCUUCUCUGCAGAUCCUCUCAAGCUCUGUCAGGUUGGAUGGAGAGCGUUGCUGCACAGCUAUUUUCAUGUCUCUCCAGAGAUUUUCGAUCAGGUUCAAGUCCAGGCUCAGGCUGGGCCACUCAAGGACAUUCAGAGACUUGUCCCGAAGCCACUCCUGCGUUGUCUUGACUGUGUGCUUAGGGUCGUUGUCCUGUUGGAAGGUGAAACCUUUGCCCAAGUCUGAGGUCCUGAGCGCUCUGGAGCAGGUUUUCAUCAAGGAUCUCUCUGUACUUUGCUCCAUUCAUCUUUCCCUCGAUCCUGACUAGUCUCUCAGUCCCUGUCGCUGAAAAACAUCCCCACAGCAUGAUGCUGCCACAAUGCUUCACCGUAGGGGUGGUGCCAGGUUUCCGCCAGACGUGACGCUUGGCAUUCAGGCCAAAGAGUUCAAUCUUGGUUUCAUCAGACCAGAGAAUCUUGUUUCUCAUGGUCUGAGAGUCCUUUAGGUUCCUUUUGGUAAACUCCAAGCGGGCUGUCAUGUGCCUUUUACUGAGAAGUGGCUUCUGUCUGGCCACUCUACCAUAAAGGCCUGAUUGGUGGAGUGCUGCAGAGAUGGUUGUCCUUCUGGAAUGUUCUCCCAUCUCUACAGAGGAAUCUCCCUGACCAAGACCCUUCUCCCCCGUUUGGCCGGGCGGCCGUCUCUAGGAAGAGUCUGGGUGGUUCCAAACUUCUUCCAUUUAAGAAUGAUGGAGGGGACUGUGUUCUUGGGGAUCUACAUGUAUGAUCAUCAGUGACAUGCUGGACAUGUAUGCAGCCAGUUUGACGUUAUUGAUCUGUGUGUGUCCCUACAGGUGAUCCAAGGCUGGCUGUUCCUCUCUCCUCCUCCUGUUAUUGAUCUCUGUGUGUCCCUACAGGUGAUCCAAGGCUGGCUGUUCCUCUCUUCUCUCCUCCUCCUGUUCUUCUUCUCCUUCAUCUACCUCAAGUGAGUCCAGUCUUUAUUUUCUCUCCUCAAUCAAAGUCUAGAUCACAGUAAUCAGUUAUAGAUCACAGUAAUCAGUUAUAGAUCACAGUAAUCAGUUAUAGAUCACAGUAAUCAGUUAUAGAUCACAGUAAUCCCUUAUAGAUCACAGUAAUCAGUUAUAGAUCACAGUAAUCGGUUCACAGUAAUCCCUUAUAGAUCACAGUAAUCAGUUGAUCAGCUGUGUGAGUAUAGUACAUAUCCUGUUGUGUUUAACCUUACCUGGUGACUUGUAGCUGUCACUAAGAUUGAGAAAUAAUGUGGCUCGAUAAACCCUAACUGACAAAUCCCCUGUCUGUCCUCCAGCGAAGUGUUGAAGACGUACAAUGUGGCGAUGGACUGGUUCACCCUGGCUGUGAUCGUCUGGAACUUCGGGGUGGUAGGGAUGAUCUGUAUCCACUGGAAGGGUCCUCUCCGUCUGCAGCAGGCCUACCUCAUCAUGAUCUCUGCUCUCAUGGCUCUGGUCUUCAUCAAGUACCUGCCUGAGUGGACCGCCUGGCUCAUCCUGGCUGUUAUAUCUGUCUAUGGUGAGUACCUGCCUGAGUGGACCGCCUGGCUGAUCCUGGCUGUUAUCUGUCUAUGGUGAGUACCUGCCUGAGUGGACCGCCUGGCUGAUCCUGGCUGUUAUCUGUCUAUGGUGAGUACCUGCCUGAGUACCUGUCUGAGUGGACCGCCUGGCUCAUCCUGGCUGUUAUAUCUGUCUAUGGUGAGUACCUGCCUGAGUGGACCGCCUGGCUCAUCCUGGCUGUUAUAUCUGUCUAUGGUGAGUACCUGUCUGAGUGGACCGCCUGGCUGAUCCUGGCUGUUAUAUCUGUCUAUGGUGAGUACCUGCCUGAGUGGACCGCCUGGCUGAUCCUGGCUGUUAUCUGUCUAUGGUGAGUACCUGCCUGAGUGGACCGCCUGGCUGAUCCUGGCUGUUAUCUGUCUAUGGUGAGUACCUGCCUGAUAACCUGUCUGAGUGGACCGCCUGGCUGAUCCUGGCUGUUAUCUGUCUAUGGUGAGUACCUGCCUGAGUGGACCGCCUGGCUCAUCCUGGCUGUUAUAUCUGUCUAUGGUGAGUACCUGCCUGAGUGGACCGCCUGGCUCAUCCUGGCUGUUAUAUCUGUCUAUGGUGAGUACCUGCCUGAGUGGACCGCCUGGCUGAUCCUGGCUGUUAUCUGUCUAUGGUGAGUACCUGCCUGAGUGGACCGCCUGGCUGAUCCUGGCUGUUAUCUGUCUAUGGUGAGUACCUGCCUGAGAACCUGUCUGAGUGGACCGCCUGGCUGAUCCUGGCUGUUAUCUGUCUAUGGUGAGUACCUGUCUGAGUGGACCGCCUGGCCAACCUGGUCUGAGCAUUUUUUAUUAUUCUGUAUGUAAAUCCGAGACACUCCAUUUAGUAUGAUAUGUUAAGUUUCGUAUGUUAUUUAUGAAUUUGUGGAUGUCAUCACCAAUUUCGUAUGUUAUGAAUUUGUAAAACGUACAGCAUGUUACGAAUUCUAGCUAGGUGGCUAACAUUAGCUAGCUUGCUAACGUUAGCGGGGUUAGGGGUUAGGGUUAAGUUAACCCUUUUAGCUAAAUCCUAAAGGUUAGGGAAAGUGUUAGCUAGCAUGCUAAGUAGUUGCUAAGUAGUUGCUAAGUAGUUGCUAAGUAGUUGCUAAGUAGUUGCUAAGUAGUUGCUAAGUAGUUGAAAAGUUGCUAAAAUGCUAAAGUUGUCUGUGAUGAGAUUCGAACUUGCAACCUUUGGGUUGCUAUACGUUUGUGCCUUAAGUAACCAUCUAUCUUAUGUAACCAUACCAAACUUAACAUAUCGUACCAAUUUUUAGACGCAAAAUAACACAAGGACAUGCUAAUUUAAAAGGUGGCUGGAAUGCAGACACAUUAUGGGAUACAGGCCAGGUCAUUAUAGAAAUGGUUUUAUAAAAUAAUUACUGCGACCAAAUCAUGUGCUGGUGCCACUAACGCCAGUGCCACCCGUGGAAAAAGUUAAUGUAGAACCGUGAAUGAGCCAGUCAUGGGGUUCCAUCUAUCAGCUUGUCCCCUUGUGUGUUGGGUUUGAUGUGCUUCUCGAAGAAGUCUUGAGCCUCCUUGGCAGUGGAAAACGUGUUUGUUGUGUUCUGGAAGGUCAAGAUGAGUUUUGCCAGGUUUAGCUUACGACCUCGUUGUAGAUCUCCCUCUGUUUCAGCACUCAGGUCUGGGUAGAUGCUGAUCUCCCUCUGUUUCAGCACUCAGGUCUGGGUAGAUGCUGAUCUCCCUCUGUUUCAGCACUCAGGUCUGGGUAGAUGCUGAUCUCCCUCUGUUUCAGCACUCAGAUCUGGGUAGAUACUGAUCUCCCUCUGUUUCAGCACUCAGGUCUGGGUAGAUGCUGAUCUCCCUCUGUUUCAGCACUCAGGUCUGGGUAGAUGCUGAUCUCCCUCUGUUUCAGCACUCAGGUCUGGGUAGAUGCUGAUCUCCCUCUGUUUCAGCACUCAGGUCUGGGUAGAUACUGAUCUCCCUCUGUUUCAGCACUCAGGUCUGGGUAGAUGCUGAUCUCCCUCUGUUUCAGCAGUUCAGCACUCAGGUCUGGGUAGAUGCUGAUCCUCUUCCCUGCAUAGGUCAGGCCCCCGGAUUCCGCUGCAAGGUGAACAAUUAGCCACUUGACUUCAAAGCUGUGGAUCCGUACAAUCAUACAGCGAGAGCUGUUGCGGAGUUGACCCAUGUGGUGUGCUGUGUUAAUUAGUGGCAUGGGACCCAGCUUCUCCUGCCCGAACAGUUCAUAGAAAAGAUUGCUCAUGAAGGAAGUUGGUUUGCCCACUUCCACACCAGUUUCAAGUCUUGUGACCCGCACACAGAAUUUACUGGAAUUAUUUGAGUGAUUCCGUUUUCUCUUUUAGGAGUUUGAUUAUCCCUUCCAACUGAGCUGGUUUCCAGGUCACGUAGUCACGCCUCUGUCCUCUCCUGGCUUUCCACUUUAGUUGAAUAGGUAUCCACUUUAGCAGUGAGCGCUGCCAAUGAUUACGGUAAUUUACCGGUUUUAAUUGUAAGUCGAGGGCAGAGGUAAUCUCCUCAAGAACAAUCUCUUGCGUAGCGGCCGGCUCUGGCAGCUGUAUGGUAUUGAGAGACGCCAUGUUCCCAAAGGAGAACUGUGGACGGACAAAUUCUAGCUGCUGAAAUGAAAUAGACCUGCUUAUUUCUUGUCACACGAUGAAUGUCCCACACCAUAAUAUAAUAUUUAGUAUUGGCAGGUUUUAGGAAAUAAGUCUGUUAAUUCAUAGUAAUUUGCUGAAGGAAACCACAAUAAGUCUGUUAAUUCACGGUAGUUUGCUGAAGGAAACCACAAUAAGUCUGUUAAUUCAUGUUAGUUUGCUGAAGGAAACCACAAGGCCACCAGAACCGGAAUGACCACGUUUUUAUUUACACAUUUUUUCAAUAAAUUAUAAAAUAGUUUGUAAGCUUUUAAAUUUAUUGAACAAAAAUAUAAACGCAACAUGCAACAAUUUCACAGAUUUUACUGAAUUACAGUUCAUAUAAGGAAAUCAGUCAAUUGAAAUAAAUUCAUUAGGCUCUAAUCUAUGGAUUUCACAUGACUGGGCAGGGGGUGCAGCCAUGGGUGGGCCUGGGAGGGCAUAUGCCCACCCACUGGGGAGCCAGGCCCACCCACUGGGGAGCCAGGCCCAGCCAAUCAGAAUUAGUUUUUGCCCACAAAAGGGCUUUAUUACAGACAGAAAUACUCCUCAGGUUUAUCAGCUGUCUGGGUGGCUGGUCUCAGACGAUCCCACAGGUGAAGAAGCCGGAUGUGGAGGUCCUGGGCUGGCGUGGUUACACGUGGUCUGCGGUUGUGCGGCCGGUUGGAUAUACUGCCAAAUUCUCUAAAACGACGUUGGAGGAGGCUUAUGGUAGAGAAAUGAACAUUACAUUAUCUGGCAACAGCUCUGGUGGACAUUCCUGCAGUCAGCAUGCCAAUUGCACGCUCCCUCAAAACUUGAGACAGCUGUGGCAUUGUGUUGUGUGACAAAUCUGCACAUUUUAGAGUGGCCCUUUUAUUGUCCCCAGCACAAGGUGCACCUGUGUAAUGAUCAUGCUGUUUAAUCAGCUUCUUGAUAUGCCACACCUGUCAGGUGGAUGGAUUAUCUUGGCAAAGGAGAAAUGCUCACUAACAGGGAUGUAAACACAUUUGUGCACAAAAUUUGAGAGGAAAUAAGCUUUUUGUGCGUGUUGAAAAUUUCGGGGAUCUUUUAUUUCAGCUCAUGAAACUUGGAACCAACACACUUUACAUGUUGCGUUUAUAUUUUUGUUGUAUGGUGGAGAAUGAAAAAGGAGUCAACUUUUGGCAUUCAAGUCCAAAAAGUCACUUUCUGAACACUUCUACAAUGGGCAAAUAUGUAUGGGAGGUUUCAUUCAAAUCGAAAGGGGUGCUGUCAAAAAGUGAUUGAAUUCAAAUGGAUUUACCCAUAUGUGAUCGUAUCUCAAUGUAAUCCAGGUUUGAAAUUCAAUUUUUGUCAAAUACUGUAUCUGUUUGGGAUUAUUUAUAACUAUGUUCUGACCCCCAACCAUCCGCUCAAAGAAAGAUCGGCCCACGGCUGAAUGUAAUUGGUGACCCCUGGUGAGGCCACAGAGGUUUUAAACACAGAGGCCCUACAAUGGAGAUUUGUGUUGGAAUAUUUUGUUAUCAUCUGGUCUCUGUCUGGCCAUAUCUAGGGAGACUAUGUUUUGUCUUUGUGAAGGCCUAGCUAGCUCUAGUGAAGAGUUGGUCUCCUAUUAGCUACUCCAUAUUUAUGUCAUUCUCAGACCGUUUAAAUGGAUACUUCGGGAGUAUUGGGCAAUGAUAAUAAAGGGAACACUUAAAUAACACAUCCUAGAUCUGAAUGAAUGAAAUCAUCUUAUUAAAUACUUUUUUCUUUACAUAGUUGAAUGUGCUGACAACAAAAUCACACAAAUUAUCAAUGGAAAUCAAAUUUAUCAACCCAUGGAGUUCUGGAUUUGGAGUGACCCGCUGACAGACACAGCAAACCUUCUUGCCACAGCUCGCAUUGAUGUGCCAUCCUGGAUGAGCUGCACUACCUGAGCCACUUGUGUGGGUUGUAGACUCCGUCUCAUGCUACCACUAGAGUGAAAGCACCGCCAGCAUUCAAAAGUGACCAAAACAUCAGCCAGGAAGCAUAGGAACUGAUAAGUGGUCUGUGGUCACCACCUGCAAAACCAGUCCUUUAUUGGGGGUGUCUUGCUAAUUGCCUAUAAUUUCCACCUGUUGUCUAUUCCAUUUGCACAACAGCAUGUGAAAUGUAUUGUCAAGUGGACAGUUUGAUUUCACAGAAGUGUGAUUGACUUGGAGUUACAUUGUGUUGUUUAAGUGUUCCCUUUAUUUUUUUGAGCAGUGUACUUCCCCAGAAUCAGAUGAGCUCGUGGAUAACGUUUUUAUGUGUCUGCGUGCAGUUUGACGGAAGUUGCUAACUAGCGCAAUUGCUAACUAGCUUUAGUGCAAUGACUGGAAGUCUAUGGUAUCUGCUAGCAUGCUAAUAGAUGCCAUAGACUCACAUUCAUUGCGCUAACGCCAGUUAGCAUUGGCUUCUGAAACUACCUCUAACUUCCUUCAUACUGGAUGCAAAGACAUUAAAAUGGUAUCAUCAAGUAUAUCUGACUCUGGGGUAGUGGCGCAGUGGUCUAAGGCACUGCAUCGCAGUGCUAGCUGUGCCACUAGAGAUCCUGGUUCAAAUCCAGGCUCUGUCGUAGCUGGCCGCGACCGGGAGACCCAUGGGGCGGCGCACAAUUGGCCCAGGGUCGUCCAGGGUAGAGGAGAGAAUGGCCGGCAGGGAUGUAGCUCAGUUGGUAGAGCAACGCCAGGGUUGUGGGUUCGAUUCCCACGGGGGGGCCAGUAUGAAAAAUAAAAAAAUAAUGUAUGCACUCACUUAACUGUAAGUCGCUCUGGAUAAGAGCGUCUGCUAAAUGACUAAAAUGUAAUGUAAAUGUAUUCCGUUAAGAGUUCUAAUGGUCUGUAUAAUAUUGACAGGCUCAGAGAUUAAACGAAGACAUUUUUGUGGGAAGAAAAGUGUUCCUGUGAGGGAGUGGUGGGUCUGAAAAAUGAAAAGAUAUGUAAAAACUCUGGGUAGGACGUGUGGAUUUGGGGUGGUGGGUCUGACAAGGGACAGCAGCCCCAUCUGACUGGCCAACAAACAGGAAACACCCGUGAGGGGACAGGAAGUGGAGGAGAGCUAAGGUCAAGACAGUCUUUUAAGUUAGAAAACCUUAGAUAAGACCACAUUUUCCACAGCGAGCUGUCCCUUCCUGACAUGGGGAAUAGGGUGCCGUUUGGGAUGCUGACACAAUCUGAGAAUAAUGUCCAGGAGUGGUCAGCUGUAGUAGGUUUAUUUAACCUGAGAGUGGUCCGCUUGGCACAACAGUAGCAAACCGAAGUACAAUAGAGGUCAGCUUGGGUUUCAGUUUAUUGAAAGUAACAGUCCCUGUGUUCAGCUUGCGUUAGCAGUCCAACGCUGACCACAGAUAUUGUGGGAUCUAAGAGCUAGGAACAAGAGGACCCCAGGGAUAGUUGGCGUAGCGUUUUUAGAGUUUUCACCCAGCUAGUCAGUCAUACUUGAACUCGGGAUUCAAUCUUUUUACUAGGAGUUUUACUUGGUCUGUCUCUCAAAGAGCACUGUGUUUUGGGUCCAACAUUAUUUGUCCUGAACAAUGUUUUUUGUCCUGAUUCCAGCUCUGUUGUCUCCCUGCAGUUGGUUUUGGUACGUCGUUUUUCUCCCAGCCAGUCUCAGCCAUUCUUUAACUCAGAUUAUACCAUGGCAAUGUUGAAUACUCCUUUCUGAUUGGCUUGAAGGGCAUUCUAGAGCAUGGAUUAUUUCCUUUUAACGCACGGUAUAAUUAAAUGGCUAUAGGUCAUUUUUACAUGUUUUGUUCGAGCUGCUUUUGAGAAGAGUGUUGGUAUUGUUGAAUUCGAUUUUUAUAAUAGCAAGCUAGGACUGAUGGUUUGGUUAGCUAAACUAGCAAGUCUGUUUGGUUACCACGGCAACUACUGCAGUUAUCUAGUAAACUAGCUAGCUACUUCAGUGGAUGUUGAACACAUUUGUUCCCGGCAAAUGAACACAUUUCUAGUAAAUGUGUUUUAAUUUGACCAAUGGUGUAAAAGGGAUAAUCAACUUGGGGCUCUAUGCGUUCUCUGGAAAAGAAUGUAACUCUGUGGUAGGUUAGUUCUACUGCGCUGUCGCGUCGUGGGACACAGCUUCCACGUCGUUUAUUACUUUCAAUAGAACACAUAGCCCCUCGUUGAUUAUCCCUUAGAUAAAUCAUUCUACUUGGUCUCUCAAAGAGCCAUCUGUUCUGGUUCCAACACUAUUCUAUCCUGACUCAAAGCUCUCGGUCAUAUACAGAGGGUAGUGCGUACGGCCCAGUACAUCACUGGGGCCAAGCUUCCUGUCAUCCAGGACCUCUAUACCAGGCGGUAAAAUUUUUGAUUUGAUUUGAUUCAUUAGGCACCAAAAUGGAAGAAUACGCACUGAAACAGGGAGAGGCUACCUGAGUUUGUCCAAUAAAAACGCUUGUUUUUUUAUUUUCUGUUGCAAAUCGUUUUGCUAUGAUAUGCUCUAAUGAAUACAACCCUGUUUCUCCCUCCAUAGAUCUGUUAGCAGUGCUCUGUCCCAAAGGUCCGCUACGUAUCCUAAUGAAUACGACCCUGUUUCUCCCGCCAUAGAUCUGUUAGCAGUGCUCUGUCCCAAAGGUCCUCUACGUAUCCUAGUGGAGACUGCUCAGGAGAGGAACGAACCCAUCUUCCCUGCUCUCAUCUACUCCUGUAAGACACGCAUCACAUCAUACCGCCUACAUUACAAUACCUACACACCUGAUAUGUGUUAAACAUACCACUGAUGUUAUCAGUAGAAGUAUCUAAUAUAUAUAUAAUGGUACUGUACAUGCUAUGGAUGACCCUCUAAGGGCCUCCCGAGUGGCGCAGUGGUCUAAGGCACUGCAUCGCAGAGCUAGCUGUGCCACUAGAGAUCCUGGUUCGAGUCCAGGCUCUGUCGACCCUCGACCUUCGCCUCUCCCGUGUCCGAACGGGGGUUGCAGCGAUGGGACUGUAACUACUACUAAUUGGAUACCACGAAAUUGUGGAGAAAAAUGGGGUAAAAUAUCCCCCCCCCAAUUUUUUUUUUUUUAAAUAAUGGAUGACCCUCUUGCUUUGCAGUGGUCUAUCAGUGCUGUUCAUACUAUGUGAGACAAGGCAGUGAAUCUGAUGUACAGAAGAUAUCUUGUGGAUGUAUGAUGGUUGUCUUAAACAGCCUCUGCCACAGGCGUUCACCAUCUUCUACCUAAAUUCCCUUAGCUGCCUAGCAAAUGCAUCCUCUACCUCUCUCCCUCCCCAGCGACCAUGGUGUGGCUGGUCAACAUGGCAGACACUGGCCUCGGACACAGACCACUGACCAGGAAGAACUCAACAGAAGCACCCAUCGCCCAGCCUGAUAGUCAAGGUGAGUCUUCACCUGUAGGAGAGUCUCAGCCUGACCGUCAGGGUGAGUCUUCACCUGUAGGAGAGUCUCAGCCUGAUAGUCAAGGUGAGUCUACACCUGUAGGAGAGUCUCAGCCUGAUAGUCAAGGUGAGUCUACACCUGUAGGAGAGUCUCAGCCUGAUAGUCAAGGUGAGUCUACACCUGUAGGAGAGUCUCAGCCUGAUAGUCAAGGUGAGUCUACACCUGUAGGAGAGUCUCAGCCUGAUAGUCACGGUGAGUCUACACCUGUAGGAGAGUCUCAGCCUGAUAGUCAAGGUGAGUCUACACCUGUAGGAGAGUCUCAGCCUGAUAGUCCAAGGUGAGUCUACACCUGUAGGAGAGUCUCAGCCUGAUAGUCAAGGUGAGUCUACACCUGUAGGAGAGUCUCAGCCUGAUAGUCAAGGUGAGUCUACACCUGUAGGAGAGUCUCAGCCUGAUAGUCAAGGUGAGUCUACACCUGUAGGAGAGUCUCAGCCUGAUAGUCAAUGUGAGUCUUCACCUGUAGGAGAGUCUCAGCCUGAUAGUCCAGGUGAGUCUACACCUGUAGGAGAGUCUCAGCCUGAUAGUCAAGGUGAGUCUACACCUGUAGGAGAGUCCCAGCCUGAUAGUCAAGGUGAGUUCUACACCUGUAGGAGAGUCUCAGCCUGAUAGUCAAGGUGAGUCUUCACCUGUAGGAGAGUCUCAGCCUGAUAGUCAAGGUGAGUCUACACCUGUAGGUAGAAGUCUCAGCUUAGGAAGUGAGUCUACACCUGUAGGAGAGUCUCAGCCUGAUGUCAAGGUGAGUCUACACCUGUAGGAGAGUUCUCAGCCUGAUAGUCAAGGUGAGUCUUCACCUGUAGGAGAGUCUCAGCCUGAUAGUCAAGGUGAGUCUACACCUGUAGGAGUCAAGGAUAGUCAGUCUGGAGGAAAGUUAGGGGCUUUCACCAAACAUCUCUGUCCACUAAAACUUCCUCUUUAAGUAAUAUGUUGGUUUAGCUUUGGAAAAUGGGGUCUGGACUGUCAACUCUCAAAAUCUCAAUGAGUUGUGCUCAAGAGCAAGGUACUUAAAAACCUUCCUUUGGCUUCUCCAGGGUUUUAUUUAAAUGCCUCUCUACGCCCCCCCCCCCCCCCCAUCCCCCUGGCCCGGGGCCCAGACCCCGUCAGCCACUUCCAGUGUAUUAUAAUGAUUAAUCUCUACCUCCCUGCAGACCCCUUAGCCCUGGCCCCAAUUGCACCCCCACAAAACAUGACUCUUUUUAUGGCAUCUCCAGUGUUUUAUUUUUGUUCUCUCCACUGCAGCAGCCCCCCCGUCUCUGGCCCUGGGCCCAGCCCCCCUCAGCCCCCCUGAGGAUGACGGGGGGUUCACCCCUAACUGGGUGGGGAAUCAGGAGUAUCAGCUGGGGCCCCUCCAGUCCACGGACGAGACCCGACGGGAGAUCCAACAGCGCCCCUCUGACAGACCUCCCAUAAUGGACGAUGAUGACGAGGAGAGUGAGUACAGAACAGUAACGUUACAUAACGGUAACGGAACAGUAACGGUAACGGAACAGAACAGUAACGGUAACAGAACAGUAACGUUAUGUUAUAGUACAGGAAUGUAACAGUAACAUUAAAGAACGGUAACGUUACAGAACAGUGACGUUACAUAACGGUAACGGAACAGUAACGGUAACAGAACAGUAACGUUACAGAACAGUAAUGUUAUGGUAUAGUACAGGAAUGUAACAGUAACAUUAAAGAACAGUAACGUUACAGAACAGUGACGUUACAUAACGGUAACGGAACAGUAACGGUAACAGAACAGUAACGGUGACAGAACAGUAACGUUAUGUAUAGUACAGGAAUGUAACGUUACAGAACAGAACAGUAACGUUACAUAACAGUGACGGAACAGUAAAAUGUUUUGGCUUAGCUUAGUAGUGUGAAAAAAUUUAUUAGAAUGAAGCUCGCUAAAUGUAAACAUAACUGUAGACACUCUAUUCUGUAGACACCGCUUUAUUCCGUAGACACCGCUCUAUUCCGUAGACACCGCUCUAUUCCGUAGACACCGCUCUAUUCUGUAAACACCGCUCUAUUCUUCAGACCCGCUCUAUUCCGUAGACACCGCUCUAUUCUGUAAGACACGCUCUAUUCUGUAGACAACCGCUCUAUUCUUCAGACACCGCUCUAUUCCGUAGACACCGCUCUAUUCCGUAGACACCGCUCUAUUCUGUAGACACCGCUCUAUUCUGUAGACACCGCUCUAUUCCGUAGACACCGCUCUAUUCCGUAGACACCGCUCUAUUCCGUAGACACCGCUCUAUUCCGUAGACACCGCUCUAUUCUGUAGACACCGCUCUAUUCUGUAGACACCGCUCUAUUCUGUAGACACCGCUCUAUUCUGUAGACCACCGCUCUAUAUUCUUCAGACACCGCUCUAUUCCGUAGACACCGCUCUAUUCCGUAGACACCGCUCUAUCUGUAGACACGCUCUAUUCUGUAGACACCGCUCUAUUCUGCAGACACCGCUCUAUUCUGUAGACACCGCCUCUAUUCUGUAGACAACCGCUCUAUUCCGCAGACACCGCUCUAUUCCGCAGACAACCGCUCUAUUCCACAACAACCGCUCUAUUCUGUAGACACCGCUCUAAUUCGUAGACACCGCUCUAUUCUGUAGAAACCGCUCUAUUCCGCAGACACCGCUCUAUUCUACAACAACCGCUCUAUUCCGUAGACACCGCUCUAUUCUGCAGACACCGCUCUAUUCCGUAGACAAAACCGCUCUAUUCUGCAGACACCGCUCUAUUCUGCAGACACCGCUCUAUUCUGCAGACACGCUCUAUUUUGCAGACACCGCUCUAUUCCGCCAGACAACCGCCUCUAUUCUGUAGACAACCGCUCUAUUCUGUAGACACCGCUCGAUUCUGUAGACAACCGCUCUAUUCUGGCAGACACCGCUCUAUUCUGCAGACACCGCUCUAUUCUGCAGACACCGCUCUAUUCUGUAGACACCGAUCUAUUCUGCAGACACCCGCUCUAUUCCUGUAGAAACGCUCUAUCCGCACACCGCUCUAUUCGCAGUACACCGCUCUAUUUCCUGUAGGACACCGCUCUAUUCCGUAGGACACCGCUCUAUUCCGUAGACACCGCUCUAUUCCGUAGACACCGCUCUAUCGCAGGACACCGCUCUAUUUUUUCCUGGCAGACACCGACCUCUAUUCUGUAGACCACUCGCUCUAUUUGUAGACCACCGCUAUAUUUCUGCAGACAACGCUCUAUUCUGUAGACAACGCUCUAUUCUGUAGACCCCCCCACCCACGCUCUAUUUCUGUUAGGACACCGCUACUAUUCUGUAGACACCGACUCUAUUUCCGUAGACACCCGAUCUUAUUCCGUAGACACCGCUCUAUUCUGCAGACACCGCUCUAUUCCGUUCGACACCGGCUAUUAUUCUGCAGGACACCGCUCUAUUCUGUAGGGCCACCGGCUCUAUUCUGUAGACACCGCUCUAUUCUGCCGACACCGCUCUAUUCGUUACAGAUACUGCUUUAUUCUGUAGACACCUCUCUAUUCCGUAGGACACUGCUCUAUUCCGUAGACACUGCUCUAUUCCGUAGACACCGCUCUAUUCCGUAGACACCGCUUCUAUUCCGUAGACACCGCUCUAUUCCGUAGACACCUCUCUAUUCCGUAGACACGCUCUAUUCCGUAGACACCGCUCUAUUCUGCAGAACACCGCUCUAUUUCCGUAGACACCGCUCUAUUCUGCAGACACCAGCUCUAUUCCGUAGACAACCGCUCUAUUCUGUAGACACCGCUCUAUUCUGCAGACAACCGCUCUAUUCUGCAGACACCGCUCUAUUCUGUAGACACCGCUCUAUUAUGUAGACACCGCUCUAUUUGCAAGACACCGGCUCUAUUCCGUAGACACCGCUCUAUUCUCAGGACCACCGCUCUAUUCCGUAGACACCGCUCUAUUCCGUAGACACGCUCUAUUCCGUAGACACCGCUCUAUCCGUAGACACGCUCUAUUCUGUAGACACCGCUCUAUUCCGUAGACACCGCUCUAUUCCGUAGACACCGCUCUAUUCCGUAGACAACCGCUCUAUUCCGUCGACACCGCUCUAUUCUAGACACCGCUCUAUUCCGUAGACACCGCUCUAUUCCGUAGACCACCGCUCUAUUCCGUAGAAACCGCUCUAUUCCGUAGACACCACUCUAUUCGUAGACACCGCUCUAUUCCUGCAGAACACCGCUCUAUUCCGUAGACACCGCUCUAAUUCGUAGACACCGCUCUAUCGCAGACACCGCUCUAUUCCGUAGACACCGCUCUAUUCUGCAGACACCGCUCUAUUCUGUAGACAACGCCUCUAUUCUGUAGACAACCGCUCUAUUCGUAGACAACACCGCUUAUCUGCAGACACCGUCAUUCCGUAGACACCGCUCUAUUCUUCAGAUACUGCUCUAUUCUGUAGACACCUUAUCCGUAGACACUCUCUAUUCCGUAGACAACCGCUCUAUUCCUAGACACCCUCUAUUCGUAGACAACCGCUCUAUUCUGUAGACACCGCUCUAUUCGUAGACACCUCUCUAUUCCGUAGACACCUCUCUAUUCCGUAGACACCGCUCUAUUCCGUAGACACCGCUCUAUUCUGCAGACACCGCUCUAUUCCGUAGACACCGCUCUAUUCUGCAGACACCGCUCUAUUCCGUAGACACCGCUCUAUUCUGCAGACACCGCUCUAUUCUGCAGACACCGCUCUAUUCUGCAGACACCGCUCUAUUCUGUAGACACCGCUCUAUUCUGUAGACACCGCUCUAUUCUGCAGACACCGCUCUAUUCCGUAGACACCGCUCUAUUCUUCAGACACCGCUCUAUUCUGUAGACACCGCUCUAUUCCGUAGACACCGCUCUAUUCCGUAGACACCGCUCUAUUCCGUAGACACCGCUCUAUUCUGUAGACACCGCUCUAUUCCGUAGACACCGCUCUAUUCCGUAGACACCGCUCUAUUCCGUAGACACCGCUCUAUUCCGUAGACACCGCUCUAUUCCGUAGACACCGCUCUAUUCCGUAGACACCGCUCUAUUCCGUAGACACCGCUCUAUUCCGUAGACACCACUCUAUUCCGUAGACACCGCUCUAUUCUGCAGACACCGCUCUAUUCCGUAGACACCGCUCUAUUCUGUAGACACCGCUCUAUUCUGCAGACACCGCUCUAUUCCGUAGACACCGCUCUAUUCUGCAGACACCGCUCUAUUCUGUAGACACCGCUCUAUUCUGUAGACACCGCUCUAUUCUGUAGACACAGCUUUAUUCUGCAGACACCGCUCUAUUCUGUAGACACCGCUCUAUUCUGCAGACACCGCUCUAUUCUGCAGACACCGCUCUAUUCUGCAGACACCGCUCUAUUCUGUAGACACCGCUCUAUUCUGUAGACACCGCUCUAUUCCGUAGACACCGCUCUAUUCCGUAGACACCGCUCUAUUCCGUAGACACCGCUCUAUUCCGUAGACACCGCUCUAUUCCGCAGACACCGCUCUAUUCUGCAGACACCGCUCUAUUCUGUAGACACCGCUCUAUUCUGCAGACACCGCUCUAUUCUGUAGACACCGCUCUAUUCUGCAGACACCGCUCUCUAUACUAACAAAUGAAGGCGGUCUCCAAAACUGACACAGUUGCAGUUUGUGAUUCCUCCACUUUCCUAUCAUAUAGGCCCUGUCCAAUGGCAGACCUUCCGAAAUUAUUCACAUUAGUGGUGCGUGGGUCAUCUGUUGGUGUUAAUAACCCAUCCGCAACCGUUGUAAGGAAAUAGAAGGCUGUGAAAACGACCCAACGUGUUUCUGAAAAGAUUUCAGUUUGGCUUGGAUGCAUAUUUUAUGUGGUUGAAUUAUUAUCAGCUUUUGUUACAGCCUGAAUUUAAAAAUGGAUUAGAUUUAGAUUUGUCACUGGCCUACACAUAAUACCCCAUUAUUAUUAUUUUAUUAAAAAUGAAAAGCUGAAAUGUCUUCAGUAAUUAAGUAUUCAAUCCCUUUGUUAUGGCAAACCUAAAUAAGUUCAGGAGUAAAAAUGUGCUUAACAAAUCACAUAAUAAGAUGCAUGGACUCACUCUUUGUGCAAUAAUAGUGUUUAACAAUAUUUUUGAGUGACUACCUCAUCUCUGUACUCCACACAUACAAUUAUAUGUAAGGUCUGUCAGUCGAGCAGUGCAUUUCAAACACAGAUUCAACAACAAAGACCAGGGAGGUUUUCCAAUGCCUCACAAAGAAGGGCACCUAUUGGUAGAUGGGUAAAAAAAAAAAAAAAAAAGGCUGACAUUGAAUAUCCCUUUGAGCAUGGUGAAGUUAUUCAUUACACUCAAUGUAUCAAUACACCCAGUCACUACAAAGAUACAGAUGUCCUUCCUAAUUCAGUUGCCGGAGAGGAAGGAAACCGCUCAGGGAUUUCACCAUGGUGACUUUAAAACAGUUACAGAGUUGAAUGGCUGUGAUAAGAGAAAAACUGAGGAUGGAUCAACAACAUUGUAGUUACUCCACAAUACUAACCUAAAUGACAGAGUGAAAAGAAGGAAGCCUGUACAGAAUACAAAUAUUCCAAAACAUGCAUCCUGUUUGCAACAAGGCACUAAAGUAAAACUGCAAAAAAUGUGGCAAAGCAAUUCACUUUAUGUCCAGAAUACAAAGUGUUAUGUUUGGGGCAAAUCCAAUCCAAUACAUUACUGAGUACCACUCUUCAUAUUUUCAAGCAUAGUGGUGGCUGCAUCAUGUUAUGGGUAUGCUUGUAAUCGUUAUGGACUGGGGAGUUUUUUAAGAUAAAACAGAAAUGGUAUGGAGCAAAGCACAGGCAAAAUCCUAGAGGAAAACCUGGUUCAGUCUGCUUUCCACCAGACACUGGGAGAUGCAUUCACCUUUCAGCAGGACAAUAACCUAAAACACAAGGCCAAAUCUACACUGGAGUUGCUUACCAAGAAGACAGUGAAUGUUCCUGAGUGGCCGAGUUACAGUUUUGACUUAAAUCUACUUGAAAAUCUAUGGCAAGACCUGAAAAUGGUUGUCUAGCAAGAAUUUUGAAAAGAAUAAUGGGCAAAUGUUGCACAAUCCAUGUGUGGAAAGACUUACCCAGAAAGAUUCACAGCUGUAAUCGCUGCCAAAGGGGAUUCUAACAUGUAUUAACUCGGGUGUGAAUACUUGUGUAAAUUAGAUAUUUCUGCAUUUCAUUUUCAAUACGUUUUCUAAAAUUUCCAGCAACAUGUUUUCACUUUGUUAUUAUGGGGUAUUGUGUGUAGAUGGGUGAGAUUUUUUUUAUCCAUUUUGAAUUCAGGCUGUAACACAACAAAAUGUGGAAUACGUCAAGGGGUAUGAAUACUUUCUGAAGGCACUGUAUGUCCGUGUCUGUGAGUAUGUUAGAAUAUUAUGCCGUUCUGUGGUAUCAAACAGCCAUGUGUGUGCUGAGGAUCUGCCAGCAGAACAUUCUAUCAGUCAACAUGACGGACAGGAUUGGAAAAAGAUGUCAUCUGUUUUUUUUAGUAUGGUGAAACUGGGUCUGGGAGGCUUUGUCUUCUACAGAGUAUGCUGUUGGGGAUAGAGUUAGGGUUACAGGGUAAGGGUUUGUGUUAGGAUCAGGGUUAGGGUGGUUUAACGUGGUUCUGUCUGUGUUUCCCAGGGGGAGUGGGGUUACAGGGUUAGGGUUUGUGUUAGGAUCAGGGUUAGGGUGGUUUAACGUGGUUCUGUCUGUGUUUCCCAGGGGGAGUGAAGCUGGGUCUAGGAGACUUCAUCUUCUACAGCAUGCUGGUGGGGAAGGCCUCAGCUGCAGCAAACGGUGACUGGAAUACCACUCUGGCUUGCUUUGUAGCCAUACUCAUUGUGAGUAAACACAACAACAACAACAACAACAACUCAUUAUAACAUUACCUCAGUAACACGCCUCGCUCUCAUUCACUCACUCACACACACACACACAUAUAUAUAUAUAUAUACAGUGCAUUCUGAAAGUAUUCAGACCCCUUGACUUUUUCCACAUUUUGUUACGUUACAGCUUUAUUCUAAAAUGGAUUCAAUUGUUUUUUUUGCUCAUCAAACUACACACAAUACCCCAUAAUGACAAAGCAAAAAAAGGUUUUUAGAAAUUGUAGCUAUGUAUUAAAAAUUAAAAACGGAAAUAUCACAUUUACAUAAGUAUUCAGAUCCUUUACUCAGUACUUUGUUGAAGCACCUUUGGCAGCGAUUACAGCCUCGAGUCUUCUUGGGUAUGGCGCUACAAGCUUGGCACAUCUGUAUUUGGGGAGUUUCUCCCAUUCUUCUCUGCAGAUCCUCUCAAGCUCUGUCAGGUUGGAUGGGGAGCGUUGCUGCACAGCUAUUUUCAGGUCUCUCCAGAGAUGUUCAAUCGGGUUCAAGUCCGGGCUCUGGCUGGGCCACUCAAGGACAUUCAGAGACUUGUCCCGAAGCCACUCCUGUGUUGUCUUGGCUGUGUGCUUAGGGUUGUUCUCCUGUUGGAAGGUGAACCUUCGCCCCACUCUGAGGUCCUGAGCGCUCUAGAGCUGGUUUUCAUCAAGGAUCGCGCUGUACUUUGCUCCGUUCAUCUUUGCCUCAAUCCUGACUAGUCUCCCAGUCCCUGCCGCUGAAAAACAUCCCCACAGCAUGAUGCUGCCACCACCAUGCGUCACCGUAGGGAUGGUGCCAGGUUUCCUCCAGACGUGACGCUUGGCAUUCAGGCCAAAGAGUUCAAUCUUGGUUUCAUCAGACCAGAGAAUCUUGUUUCUCAUGGUCUGAGAGUCUUUAGGUGCUUUUUGGCAAACUCCAAGCGGGCUGUCAUGUGCCUUUUACUGAGGAGUGGCUUCCUUCUGGCCACUCUACCAUAAAGGCCUGAUUGGUGGAGGGCUGCAGAGAUGGUUGUCCUUCUGGAAAGUUCUCCCAUCUCCACAGCGGAACUCUGGAGCUCUGUCAGAGUGACCGUCGGGUUUUGGUCACCUCCCUGACCAAGGCCCUUCUCCCCCGAUUGCUCAGUUUGGCCGGGCAGCCAGCUCUAGGAAGAGCCUUGGUGGUUCCAAACUUCUUCCAUUUAAGAAUGAUGGAGGCCACUGUGUUCUUGGGGACCUUCAAUGCUGCAGAAAUGUUUUGGUACCCUUCCCAAGAUCUGUGUCUUGACACAAUCCUGUCUCGGAGCUUUACGGACAAUUCCUUCGACCUCAUGGCUUGGUUUUUGCUCUGACAUGCACUGUUAACUGUGGGACCUUAUAUAGACAGGUGUGUGCCUUUUCAAAAUCAUGUCCAAUCAAUUGAAUUUACCACAGGUGGACUCCAAUCAAGUUGUAGAAACAUCUCAAGGAUGAUCAAUGGAUACAGGAUGCACCUGAUCUCAAUUUCGAGUCUCAUAGCAAAGGGUCUGAAUAAUUAUGUAAAUAAGGUGUUUCUGUUUUAUAUAUUUGCAAACAUUUCUAAAAACCUGUUUUCGCUUUGUCAUUGUGGGGUAUAGUGUGUAGAUUGCUGUGGAUUUAUAUAUAUACACACUACCUGUCAAAAGUUUGGACACACCUUCAAGAGUGGCUAUUUGAAGAAUCUCAAAUACACUGCUCAAAAAAAUAAAGGGAACACUUAAACAACACAUCCUAGAUCUGAAUGAAUGAAAUAAUCUUAUUAAAUACUUUUUUCUUUACAUAGUUGAAUGUGCUGACAACAAAAUCACACAAAAAUGAUCAAUGGAAAUCAAAUGUAUCAACCCAUGGAGGUCUGGAUUUGGAGUCACCUUCAAAAUUAAAGUGGAAAACCACACUACAGGCUGAUCCAACUUUGAUGUAAUGUCCUUAAAACAAGUCAAAAUGAGGCUCAGUAGUGUGUGUGGCCUCCACGUGCCUGUAUGACCUCCCUACAACGCCUGGGCAUGCUCCUGAUAAGGUGGCGGAUGGUCUCCUGAGGGAUCUCCUCCCAGACCUGGACUAAAGCAUCCGCCAACUCCUGGACAGUCUGUGGUGCAACGUGGCGUUGGUGGAUGGAGCGAGACAUGAUGUCCCAGAUGUGCUCAAUUGGAUUCAGGUCUGGGGAAAGGGCGGUCCAUAGCAUCAAUGCCUUCCUCUUGCAGGAACUGCUGACACACUCCAGCCACAUGAGGUCUAGCAUUGUCUUGCAUUAGGAGGAACCCAGGGCCAACCGCACCAGCAUAUGGUCUCACAAGGGGUCUGAGGAUCUCAUCUCGGUACCUAAUGGCAGUCAGGCUACCUCUGGCGAGCACAUGGAGGGCUGUGCGGCCCCCCAAAGAAAUGCCACCCCACACCAUGACUGACCCACCGCCAAACCGGUCAUGCUGGAGGAUGUUGCAGGCAGCAGAACGUUCUCCACGGCGUCUCCAGACUCUGUCACGUCUGUCACAUGUGCUCAGUGUGAACCUGCUUUCAUCUGUGAAGAGCACAGGGCGCCAGUGGCGAAUUUGCCAAUCUUGGUGUUCUCUGGCAAAUGCCAAACGUCCUGCACGGUGUUGGGCUGUAAGCACAAAUCCCACCUGUGGACAUCGGGCCCUCAUACCACCCUCAUGGAGUCUGUUUCUGACCGUUUGAGCAGACACAUGCACAUUUGUGGCCUGCUGGAGGUCAUUUUGCAGGGCUCUGGCAGUGCUCCUCCUGCUCCUCCUUGCACAAAGGCGGAGGUAGCAGUCCUGCUGCUGGGUUGUUGCCCUCCUACGGCCUCCUCCACGUCUCCUGAUGUACUGGCCUGUCUCCUGGUAGCGCCUCCAUGCUCUGGACACUACGCUGACAGACACAGCAAACCUUCUUGCCACAGCUCGCAUUGAUGUGCCAUCCUGGAUGAGCUGCACUACCUGAGCCACUUGUGUGGGUUGUAGACUCCGUCUCAUGCUACCACUAGAGUGAAAGCACCGCCAGCAUUCAAAAGUGACCAAAACAUCAGCCAGGAAGCAUAGGAACUGAGAAGUGGUCUGUGGUCACCACCUGCAAAACCAGUCCUUUAUUGGGGGUGUCUUGCUAAUUGCCUGUAAUUUCCAUCUGUUGUCUAUUCCAUUUGCACAACAGCAUGUGAAAUGUAUUGUCAAUCAGUGUUGCUUCCUAAGUGGACAGUUUGAUUUCACAGAAGUGUGAUUGACUUGGAGUUACAUUGUGUUGUUUAAGUGUUUCCUUAAUUUUUUUGAGCAGUGUGUAUAUAUGUAUGUGUAUGUGUGUGUAUGUGUGUGUGUGUGUGUAUGUGUGUAUAUAUAUAUAUAUAUAUAUACACACACACACACACACACACACACACAUACAUACACACACACACACACACACACAGUGAGGGAAAAAAGUAUUUGAUCCCCUGCUGAUUUUGUACGUUUACACACUGACAAAGAAAUGAUCAGUCUAUAAUUUUAAUGGUAGGUUUAUUUGAACAGUGAGAGACAGAAAACAACAACAAAAUCCAGAAAAACGCAUGUAAAAAAUGUUAUACAUUGAUUUGCAUUUUAAUGAGGGAAAUAAGUAUUUGACCCCUUCUCAAUCAGAAAGAUUUCUGGCUCCCAGGUGUCUUUUAUACAGGUAACGAGCUGAGAUUAGGAGCACACUCUUAAAGGGAGUGCUCCUAAUCUCAGUUUGUUACCUGUAUAAAAGACACCUGUACACAGAAGCAAUCAAUCAAUCAUAUUCCAAACUCUCCACCAUGGCCAAGACCAAAGAGCUCUCCAAGGAUGUCAGGGACAAGAUUGUAGACCUACACAAGGCUGGAAUGGGCUACAAGACCAUCGCCAAGCAGCUUGGUGAGAAGGUGACAACAGUUGGUGCGAUUAUUCGCAAAUGGAAGAAACACAAAAGAACUGUCAAUCUCCCACGGCCUGGGGCUCCAUGCAAGAUCUCACCUCGUGGAGUUGCAAUGAUCAUGAGAAUGGUGAGGAAUCAGCCCAGAACUACACGAGAGGAUCUUGUCAAUGAUCUUAAGGCAGCUGGGACCAUAGUUACCAAGAAAACAAUUGGUAACACACUACGCCGUGAAGGACUGAAAUCCUGCAGCGCCCGCAAGGUCCCCCUGCUCAAGAAAGCACAUAUACAGGGCCGUCUGAAGUCUGCCAAUGAACAUCUGAAUGAUUCAGAGGAGAACUGGGUGAAAGUGUUGUGGUCAGAUGAGACCAAAAUCGAGCUCUUUGGCAUCAACUCAACUCGCCGUGUUUGGAGGAGGAGGAAUGCUGCCUAUGACCCCAAGAACACCAUCCCCACCGUCAAACAUGGAGGUGGAAACAUUAUGCUUUGGGGGUGUUUUUCUGCUAAUGGGACAGGACAACUUCACCGCAUCAAAGGGACGAUGGACGGGGCCAUGUACUGUCAAAUCUUGGGUGAGAACCUCCUUCCCUCAGCCAGGGCAUUGAAAAUUGGUCGUGGAUGGGUAUUCCAGCAUGACAAUGACCCAAAACACACGGCCAAGGCAACAAAGGAGUGGCUCAAGAAGAAGCACAUUAAGGUCCUGGAGUGGCCUAGCCAGUCUCCAGACCUUAAUCCCAUAGAAAAUCUGUGGAGGGAGCUGAAGGUUUGAGUUGCCAAACGUCAGCCUCUAAACCUUAAUGACUUGGAGAAGAUCUGCAAAGAGGAGUGGAACAAAAUCCCUCCUGAGAUGUGUGCAAACCUGGUGGCCAACUACAAGAAACGUCUGACCUCUGUGAUUGCCAAGAAGGGUUUUGCCACCAAGUACUAAGUCAUGUUUUGCAGAGGGGGUCAAAUACUUAUUUCCCUCAUUAAAAUGCAAAUCAAUUUAUAACAUUUUUGACAUGCGUUUUUCUGGAUUUUGUUGUUGUUUUCUGUCUCUCACUGUUCAAAUAAACCUACCAUUAAAAUUAUAGACUGAUCAUGUCUUUGUCAGUGGGCAAACGUACAAAAUCAGCAGGGGAUCAAAUACUUUUUUCCCUCACUGUGUAUGUGUGUGUGUGUAUAUAUAUAUAUAUACUACCAGUGAAAUGUUUGGACACACCUUCAAGGGUGUCAUCAAGGCAAAGGGUAUGUUUAACUCUUCUUUGGUUACUACAUGAUUCCAUAUGUGUUAUUUCAUAGUUUUGAUGUCUCCACUAUUAUUCUACAAUGUAGAAAAUAGUAAAAAUAAAGAAAAACCCUUGAAUGAGUAGGUGUGUACAAACAUUUGACUGGUAGUGUGUGUGUGUGUGUGUGUGUAUAUAUAUAUAUCACUUUUGUCUGACUGAUCUGUUCUUUCUCUCUUCUCCUCUCAUUUUCAAUUCAAUGUAAGGGUUUUAUUGGCAUAGGAAACAUACGUUUACAUUGCCAAAGCAAGUGAAAUAGAUAAUAAACAAAGCUCUCUGUCUCUGUCUCUCUGUCUCUCUCUCUCUGUCUCUCUCUCUCUCUCUCUCUCUCUCUCUCUAGGGCCUGUGUUUGACUCUUCUUCUCCUGGCUGUCUUUAAGAAGGCCCUCCCUGCUCUCCCCAUCUCCAUCUUCUUUGGCUUGGUGUUCUACUUCGCGACAGACAACCUGGUCAGACCCUUUAUGGCCCAGCUGGCUCUGCACCAGUUCUACAUUUAGCAGGACGUCCCCCCCCCCACAGGAGAGGGGGUUUCCUUCUGCCUUUUUCCCCCGGGCUUGGAGGGGGGGUUCCCCAGUCCCCAUGGCAACUCUUGUUGUGCUUCAAGUUCUUAA